AUGCACAUCGAGUGGAUCGACGCCGUGGUCGCCCGCGGACUGUCGGCAGCCGGCUGUACCCUGGCGGCAGUGGACGCGCUGGCCGUCACCUGCCGGCCGGGGCUCAUAGGGUCGCUGCUGGUUGGGGUCUCGUACGCCAAGGGGCUGGCGCUGGCGACCGGCAAACCGCUGGUCGCCGUGGACCACAUCCGGGCUCACGUGUACUCCCCGCACAUGGAGCGCGACAUCGGCUAUCCGUACAUCGCGCUGCUGCUGUCCGGCGGACACACCCUGGUGAUCGACGUGCAGGGGCUGGACCGCUGGGAGGUCCUCGGCGCGACGGUCGACGACGCCUGCGGCGAAGCGUUCGACAAGGUGGCCAAGCACUUCGACAUCGGCUUUCCGGGCGGCGUCGCCAUCCAGCGGCUGGCUGAGCGCGGCGAUCCGGAGGCCUAUCGGUUCCCGGUGCCGUCGUUGCGGAACGCCCGCAGCCGGUUCGACGUGUCGUACUCGGGGCUGAAGACCGCCGUGAUCCAUCAGCGCCAGCAGUUCCGCGUGGCUCGGUCCGGGCCGGAGCGCGUCGCGGACAUCGCCGCGUCGUUUCAGAAGACCGCGAUCGACAUCGUCGUAAACCAGGCGAUAGCUGCGGCGCGCUCGCGAGGCCGGCACCGGAUCGUCGCUGCCGGCGGGGUCGCCGCCAACCGCUACCUGCGCCAUCGUCUGGCGGCCGAGCCCGAAUUCGAGACGUUCUUUCCCAGCCUGGCGCUUUGCACCGACAACGCGGCGAUGAUCGCCGGGCUGGGCUAUCACGUGCUGCAUCGCGACGGGCCCACCGAGCUGUCGUUCGGUGCAGCCGCACGCGUUGCCGGCUUUCGCCGGGUCUCGUAG